CUUAUAUUACGUCAUUGAGUCCCAACUGUGAACUCUCAUUUCCCUUCAUUCUCUCUUCGUCUUCAUAUACAUUGUAUCUGUGCCCAUCUUCACCUGUUCAAGUAAUUUUUUUUUCCAUUUCGACCAGCUGAGUGAUCUUUUGUUAAGAUGACAACUUUCAUCCCUGCCCUUACAUUGCCCUCUGCAGUCUUUCUCAAUCCCGCAGUGUCCGUCCUGCUGCCCAUUGGGCUGGGGACUGCCGUCGGCCUCAGCGCGAGGCAGACCCAAAAGACAUAUCUUGGUCUGAAGAAACCUGAUCUGCACCCUCCGCCAUGGCUCUUCGGCCCUGUGUGGACCAUGCUAUAUGGUGUAAUGGGUUACGCUGCAUAUCGUGCAACAUUCAAUGGCCUCUCUCCUCUCUCUUCCCCUGAGACCAUCCGGACGACCAGGCAGGCCAUGACACUCUACACAAUCCAACUUGGACUCAACCUCAUUUGGACCCCCCUCUUCUUUGGUUUCAACCGCCCCGUUGCAGCGACGGUUGAUAUAAUUGGACUCAUCGGUGUUAACGGGUAUCUGACUUAUGUCUGGAGCACCAUCGACCCCGUCGCUGGCUGGUGUCAGAUCCCUUACCUGGGCUGGCUGAGCUUUGCUACAUACCUCUGUGCUAGCAUUGGCCACUUGAACAACUGGGAUUUGUCCGGCAAGUCAACCAAAGCGGAGGCCAAGAAGCAGUAGAGGAUUGUUUGAGAAUGAAGUAGAGCUCUCCUGGUAUGGAACUUUUGCAAAAUGGACUAAUGUCUUUGAACAUUAUU